UGAUGAUGAUCCUACAUGAAGAAAAUAAGCUUUCUCUCUAAAAAUAUGAGAAGACACGCUGUAUUAAUCAUCAAGUUUCUCCUUCUUACCUGCCUUUUUCUCGGCAUAAUUGUGACUCAGGAAUGCCAAGAAGUCCAUUUUAAGAGUGAAUCAGAAAUGAUCAGCACAAAAAAGAAUUACGAAGGAGUGAUGCCAAUUUGGGUUGAAGAAAAGACGGGGCAUAAGCACCCAUCAGGACCUAACCCAACAGGAAAUCGCCACCCACCGGUCAAAGUCAAGCCCUGAGUCGAUAACAGUUUAACUAUUGCAAUACAGCGGAUCUAUGUCAAUCUCUUUGAUAUAUAUCUAGUAUAAUACAUAGGGAACCGACGUAUGAUGAUGGAGAUUCCUUAAAGUUAUAGUUCCAAUGUAAGUGUAAAACAUAUGUACUCUGAUCAGUUAUAUCAGUUCCAAUGAAAAUAAAUUCCAUAGAAGAGUGGAUGGGCAUAAAAGAUGGAACUAUUUGUGAGGAGUUGAAUGAUACUUUUGUUACCUUA